AUGAUGGUAAUCGGUGACAUUGCGAACCACGCAUCCCGCGUAAUCGCGAUCGCCAUUCCUGUGCCCGAUGCCGCGGUGUCGGCGACUGCUUCCGCGGCAACAACAAACGACCCCGAACCGACCAAUACGCCUCAAGAGCCCAGGUCCCUGGCUCCAGGGCCGUGUGGAGGGCCCUGGCGCCUCCAAAACCAGCAGCCCACCUCACCCCCAUCACCAGGAGGCGCCCAAAAGGCACGAAAGGCACACGACUGGACUGCAACGGAGGCGGCGAUGACAGCAAGCGAGGCCGUCAUGGAAGAGGGCUCCGCGUUCGCUGUGUAUGAUGCCGAGGGAUCGCCAUGCAGUUUCGACACACUGCUUGCGUCCCUCGACUCGUACGAUGUCGUACUGCUGGGCGAGUACCACGACGACCCGGUCGCUCACCAUUUGCAGCUGCGGCUGCUGCGGCACGUGUUAGGCCUUGUGCCGUAUACCCAGCAAGGCGACAGCAGCGGCAGCAUUAGCACUAGCUCCAGCUGUGUAGAGACGUCUGGAAGGGACGUUCAUAGUCAGGGGAGGAGGGGAUCGCCGCCGUCGCUGCCACAGCAUGAGCAGCGGCACCAGCAGCUUCCCGCAGGGGGUGAGGGGUUACGUCGCCCGGUGGCUCUCAGCUUGGAGAUGUUUGAUCGUGACGUCCAGGGAGUUAUGGAUGAGUAUCUGUCAGGUCUGGUGACGGAAGCUGACCUGAUGAAGGACGCCCGACCCUGGCCCAACUACUUCUCUGACUACCGACCCAUGGUUCUGGCGGCUAAAGAGGCGGGGGCGAUGGUCGUGUGUGCCAACGCGCCACGAAGGUACGUGAGCCUGGUGGGACGCCAUGGCUCCCGAGUGUUGUCCUCUCUACCCGAGUCAUCCCGCCGCCACCUGCCGCCCCUGCCACUGAGACCCGCAUCAGACAAGUACAUCGCAAAGAUCCGCUGGACGAUGCAGCGAGCCCGUGAGCCGGCACCCGAGGACACUGCACGCGACCACGACCAACAGGAGGAUGAGGAGAGAGCUGCGCCACUGACUGGGACCAGCCCCGCCACGGCCACCACCACUGCGGCAGCGGCAGCGGCAGCGGCGCCGCAAAGUGGUGGCGGCGGCGGCGGCUCCGAGGCCGCGAAGUCGCCACAAUCAAGCAGCGCUGGCAGCCCUGCCACCACCGCAGCUGCUAACGAUGGCAGCAACGGCGGCGGCAGUGGCAAAGAGUGUCCACACAUAGGGCUGACGCUGCGAUCCAACUUCGUGGAGGCUCAAAACCUGUGGGAUGCGGUCAUGGCAGACAGCAUAGUUCGGACGCUGAGGCAGCUCGGGGCUGCGGCUGGGAGCAGCAGCAGUACUAGUAAUGGUGAUGAUGUUGGUGCUGUUGCUGCAGCUGGUGGUGGUGGCACUGGAGGAGCAGCGGAGGUUGCAGCGGGAGCCCCCGGCAGGCGGCCACUGGUGGUGCACAUUUGCGGCAAGUUCCAUUCGGAGCAACGACUGGGAAUCUGCGAGCACCUGGCCGUGGCGGGUCCUGCUGCAGCGGUGUGCGUCAUCACGUUCGUACCUAGCGGCCGCGGUGUGACGGUGCCGUCGGCCACCCUGACGACGGCGGGGCUGCACACGUACGGCGACUGGCUUGUGCUGACGGACGGCAAGCUGCCUAGGUCCUUCGAUUCCGAUCAUCCCGUGUGA